AUGGCUGCAGUUAAUCAUUUUUAUGUUUUGAAUAUUGGGAUGAAUAUUAACCCUAAUUUCAAUGUCAUUUACUUGUUCAACAACCUGCAGUUGAGGAACACACUCUAUGAUCACGACAUUCUUGCAUUUAUCAUUCCAACACUCCUGUCGUUGGUCCAGAUCAUAUAUCCAGCUUAUCAAGAUCUCUUCCGAACACACCCUAUGGCCAUGAGCGUUGUGCGGUCUAGCUUGCUUGCUUAUUGCUUGGCCUUCAGCUUGUGGGUGCUAAGUAUAAGACAUUAUGCUCGUGGACAAAAUCUUGCAUAUGCUCAUUUCUGGUGCCCUAUGGCCAUGAGGCUGUUUGGUUCAGUCUCGCUCAGUUGCUGCUGCUGCUGGCCUUGCUCCGGAAACUGGUGA